CCCGUGGUGGAGCCGCUCAAGUGCGCGCCCAAGACCUUCUGGGUGAAUGAGGGCAAGCACGCCAAGUUCCGCUGCUACGUGAUGGGCAAGCCCGAGCCCGAGAUCGAAUGGCACUGGGAGGGCCGCCCGCUUCUCCCCGACCGCCGCCGCCUCAUGUACCGCGAUCGCGACGGCGGCUUCGUGCUCAAGGUGCUUUACUGCCAGGCCAAGGACCGCGGGCUCUACGUGUGCGCGGCACGCAACUCCGCGGGCCAGACGCUCAGUGCGGUGCAGCUGCACGUCAAAGAGCCCCGCCUCCGCUUCACGAGGCCCCUGCAGGACGUGGAGGGCCGGGAGCAUGGGAUCGCGGUGCUGGAGUGUAAAGUCCCCAACUCCCGCAUUCCCACGGCCUGGUUCCGCGAGGACCAGCGGCUGCUGCCCUGCCGCAAGUACGAGCAGAUUGAGGAGGGCACGGUCCGGCGCCUCAUCAUCCACAGGCUGAAGGCGGAUGACGAUGGCGUCUACCUGUGCGAGAUGCGAGGCCGCGUGCGCACCGUGGCCAACGUGACAGUCAAAGGGCCCAUCCUGAAGCGGCUACCCCGGAAGCUCGACGUUUUUGAGGGAGAGAACGCAGUGCUGCUGGUGGAGACACGCGAGGCUGGGGUUGAAGGGCACUGGAGCCGAGAUGGGGAGGACCUGCCGGCCACCUGCCAGAGCAGCUCCGGCCACAUGCAUGCCCUGGUCCUUCCAGGGGUCACCAGAGAAGAUGCUGGCGAGGUCACCUUUAGCUUGGGCAACUCCUGUACCACCACUCUGCUCAGAGUCAAAUGCGUCAAGCACAAUCCCCCGGGACCCCCAGUGUUGGUAGAGAUGUUCAAGGGCCACAAGAACACAGUCCUGCUGACCUGGAAGCCUCCCGAGCCAGCCCCCGAGACGCCCUUCAUCUACCGGCUGGAGCGGCAGGAGGUGGGCUCGGAAGACUGGAUCCAGUGCUUUAGCAUUGAGAAGGCUGGGGCCGUGGAGGUGCCUGGAGACUGUGUGCCCUCCGAGGGUGACUACCGCUUCCGCGUCUGCACGGUCAGUGAACACGGCCGCAGUCCCCACGUUGUGUUCCAUGGAUCUGCUCACCUAGUGCCCACAGCUCGCCUGGUGGCAGGUCUGGAGGACGUGCAGGUAUAUGAUGGGGAAGAUGCUGUCUUCUCCCUCGAUCUCUCCACCAUCAUUCAGGGCACCUGGUUCCUUAAUGGGGAAGAGCUCAAGAGUAAUGAGCCAGAGGGCCAGGUGGGGCCUGGGGCCCUGCGGUACCGUAUAGAGCAGAAGGGCCUGCAGCACAGACUCAUCCUGCAAGCUGUCAAGCACCAGGACAGCGGGGCUCUGGUUGGCUUCAACUGCCCAGGUGUGCAGGACUCGGCCGCCCUCACCAUCCAAGAGAGCCCAGUGCACAUCCUGAGUCCCCAGGACAAGCUGUCGUUGACCUUCACGACCUCGGAGAGGGUGGUGCUGACCUGUGAGCUCUCUCGGGUGGACUUCCCAGCGAGCUGGUACAAGGAUGGGCAGAAGGUGGAGGAGAGUGAGUCGCUGGUGGUGAAGAUGGAUGGGCGCAAACACCGCCUGAUCCUGCCCGAGGCCGGCGUCCAGGACAGUGGCGAGUUUGAGUGCAGAACGGAAGGGGUCUCAGCCUUCUUCAGUGUCACCGUUCGAGACCCCCCAGUGCACAUCCUGGACCCCCGUGAGCAUGUGUUCGUGCAUGCCAUAACUUCGGAGUGCGUCAUGCUGACCUGUGAGGUGGACCGGGAGGACGCCCCUGUGCACUGGUACAAGGACGGGGAGGAGGUGGAGGAGAGCGACUUUGUGGUGCUGGAGAAUGAAGGGCCCCAUCACCGCCUGGUGCUGCCUGCCGCCCAGCCUCUGGACGGGGGCGAGUUCCAGUGUGUCGCCGGGGAUGAGCGGGCCAGCUUCACCGUCACCAUCACAGAUGUCUCCUCGUGGAUCGUGUACCCCAGUGGCAAGGUAUACGUGGCAGCCGUGCGCCUGGAGCGUGUGGUGCUGACCUGCGAGCUGUGCCGGCCCUGGGCUGAGGUGCGCUGGACCAAGGACGGCGAAGAGGUGGUGGAGAGUCCGGCGCUGCUCCUGCAGAAGGAAGACACUAUCCGCCGGCUGGUGCUGCCUGCCGUCCAGCUGGAGGACUCCGGCGAGUACUUGUGUGAAAUCGACGAUGAGUCUGCGUCUUUCACCGUCACUGUCACAGAACCCCCCGUGCGCAUCUUAUACCCCCGGGACGAGGUCACCUUGGUCGCUGUGAGCUUGGAGAGUGUGGUGCUGAUGUGUGAGCUGUCACGGGAGGACGCCCCCGUGCGCUGGUACAAGGAUGGGCUGGAGGUGGAGGAGAGCGAGGCCCUAGUGCUGGAGAGUGAUGGGCCCCACCGCCGCCUGGUGCUGCCCGCUGCCCAGCCAGAGGACGGGGGCGAGUUCGUGUGCGACGCUGGAGACGACUCAGCCUUUUUCACUGUCACCAUCACAGCUCCACCAGAGAGGAUCGUGCAUCCAGCCGCCCGUUCCCUGGACCUGCAGUUUGGGGCUCCAGGGCGUGUGGAGCUGCGCUGUGAGGUGGCCCCUGCUGGGUCCCAGGUGCGCUGGUACAAGGAUGGGCUGGAGGUGGAAGCAUCGGAGGCCCUGCAGCUGGGUGCCGAGGGGCCAGCUCGCACCCUGACCCUGCCCCACGCUCAGCCGGAGGAUGCUGGGGAGUAUGUGUGCGAGACUCGUGACGAUGCCGUCACCUUCAAUGUCAGCCUGGCUGAGCCCCCAGUGCAGUUCCUUGCCCCAGAGGCAGCCCCUAGCCCACUUUGCGUGGCCCCCGGGGAGCCAGUGGUGCUGAGCUGUGAACUGUCCCGGGCCGGAGCCCUUGUCUUCUGGAGCCACAAUGGGAGGCCAGUGCAGGAGGGUGAGGGCCUGGAGCUCCGCGCCGAGGGCCCCCGCCGGAUUCUCUGCAUCCGGGCUGCAGACCUGGUCCAUGCAGGCCUCUACACCUGCCAAUCCGGGGCAGCCCCGGGGGCCCCCAGCCUCAGCUUCACCGUCCAAGUGGCUGAGCCCCCCGUGCGGGUGGUGGCCCCCGAGGCGGCCCAGACGAGGGUUCGCAGCACCCCAGGUGGGGACCUAGAGCUGGUGGUGCACCUCUCCGGGCCUGGGGGCCCUGUGCGCUGGUACAAGGACGGGGAGCGCCUGGCAAGCCAGGGGCGGGUGCAGCUGGAACAGGACGGGGCAAGGCAGGUGCUGCGGGUGCGGGGGGCACGGAGCAGGGACGCUGGGGAGUACCUGUGCGACACGCCCCAGGACAGCCGCAUCUUCCUCGUCAGCGUGGAAGAACCACCGGUGGUGAAGCUGGUCUCGGCGCUUACACCGCUAACUGUCCAUGAGGGUGACGAUGCCACAUUCCGGUGUGAAGUCUCCCCUCCAGACGCCGAGGUCACCUGGCUGCGCAAUGGGGCCAUUAUCACUCCAGGGCCCCAGCUGGAGAUGACCCAGAAUGGGUCAAACCGCACGUUGACCGUGCGAGGCUGCCAGCUCGAGGAUGCGGGGACCGUGACUGCCCGAGCAGGGGGCACAGCCACAAGUGCCCGGCUCCAUGUUCGAGAAACGGAGCUGCUGUUUCUGCGGCGGCUGCAGGAUGUGCGGGCAGAGGAAGGCCAAGAUGUGUGCCUUGAAGUGGAGACAGGCCGAGUGGGUGCAGCGGGGGCUGUGCGCUGGAUUCGGGGUGGAGCACCUCUACCCCCUGACUCCCGCCUGUCCAUGGCCCAGGACGGCCAUAUCUACCGCCUCUUCAUCCACGGCGUUGUGCUGGCCGACCAGGGCACCUACGGCUGUGAGAGCCACCACGAUCGCACCCUGGCCAGGCUCAGUGUAAGGCCAAGGCAGCUUAGGGUACUGCGGCCUCUGGAGGAUGUGACCAUCAUCGAGGGGGGCAGCGCCACCUUCCAGCUGGAGCUGUCCCAGGAGGGUGUGACUGGGGAGUGGGCCCGAGGUGGAGUCCAGCUGCAGCCAGGGUCCAAGUGCCAAAUUCAUGCAGAGGGCCACACUCACCACCUGGUACUCAGUGGCCUGGGCCUGGCAGACUCAGGCUGCAUCUCCUUCACUGCGGAUGCCCUGCGCUGUGCAGCCAGACUGACUGUGAGAGAAGCCCCAGUGACCAUUGUUCGGGGACCACAGAACCUAGAAGUGACUGAGGGUGACACAGCUACGUUCGAGUGUGAGCUUUCCCAGGCCUUGGCUGACAUCACCUGGGAGAAGGACGGGCGCCCGCUCACUCCCAGCCCUCGGCUCAGGAUCCAGUCCCUUGGCACUCGCCGCCUUCUUCAGCUGCGGCGCUGCGGCUCCUCAGACGCUGGGACCUACAGCUGCGCGGUGGGGAUGGCCCGCGGCGGGCCCGUCCACCUGGUGGUGCACGAGCGCAAGGUGUCGGUGCUCUCCGACCUCCAGUCGGUGCGCGCGCGGGAAGGCGAUGGAGCCACAUUCGAGUGCACCGUGUCGGAGGUCGAGACCACCGGGAGCUGGGAGCUCGGAGGCCGCCCGCUUAGGCCCGGAGUCCGCGUCCGCAUACGACAAGAAGGGAAGAAACAUAUCCUGGUGCUGAGCGACCUGCGCGCGGAGGACGCUGGAGAGGUCCUCUUCCAGGUGGGACCCGCCCAGUCCGUGGCUCAGCUGGAGGUUGAGGCACUGCCUCUCCAGAUGUGCCGCCGCCCCCCUCUUGAGAAGACGGUUCUGGUCGGGCGCCGGGCGGUGCUGGAGGUGACUGUGUCCCGCUCGGGGGGUCAAGUGUGCUGGUUGAGGGAGGGAGUCGAGCUGUGCGCGGGAGACAAGUACGAGCUGCGCAGCCAUGGCCCCACCCACAGCCUGGUCAUCCAUGACGUGCGACCUGAGGACCAGGGCACCUACUGCUGCCAGGCUGGCCAGGACAGCGCCCACACACGGCUGCUGGUGGAGGGUAGCUAGGAGGACCCAAAGAGGCCAGGCAGGUGCCCUCGGACAGCUUGGAAGGCGUGUGCCCUUACCCCUGGAAGCGGUGGGGAGGGAGGGGAACCAGAGGUGUUGGGAGACAAUAAAAGUGGUACAGCCC